GUGCAUGGUUAAUCGUACAUUACUGUCCCACAGGGAGCGCUUGUACAUCUUUCUCACUGGCCCACCAGCAUGUCCGUCUGUGAAGAUAUGCUUCUUUGCAAUUACCGCAAAUGUAGAGUCAAGCUUUCAGGCUAUGCGUGGGUCACAGCCUGCUCCCAUAUCUUCUGUGACCAGCAUGGUAGUGGGGAGUUCAGCCGUUCACCGGCAGUCUGCCCUGCUUGCAACAGUGCCCUGUCCGGCAAGUUAGAUAUUGUUCGGACAGAACUCAACCCUUCUGAAGAAUAUAAAGCGAUGGUCCUCGCAGGACUUCGUCCAGAGAUUAUUCUAGACAUCAGCUCCAGGGCCCUGGCCUUCUGGACAUACCAGGUUCAUCAAGAAAGGUUGUACCAAGAAUACACCUACAGCAAGGCUGAGGGCCACCUGAAACAGAUGGAAAAAGUUUACACCCAGCAACUCCAAAGCAAGGAUGUGGAGCUGACAUCUAUGAAGAGUGAGGUUUCCUCCUUGAAGAAAGUGCUGGAGGAAUACAAAAAGAAAUUCACGGAACUUUCUGAGAAACUCAUGGAGCGCAACCGUCAAUAUCAGAAACUUCAGGGCCUCUAUGACAGUCUACGCUUGCGUAAUAUUGCUGUAGCCAGUCAGGAGGCAGCUCAUGAGCCUCCUAUGAUGCCUCAGCCAGCUGUCUUUGGUUUCCCUUUGGGAAAUGCUGCCAGGUUCUCUGGGGAUACAACACCUCACCAGGGCCAGCAUGGUGAAGGGGACUUCCAUUUCAAACCCUUCUUUGCUUCCUCUCCACCAGUGGGCGAGUCUGGCAACUGCUUCUUUUCUUUUGCUUCACCUGGCAAUGAUCUGGACCAGUGCCACGGAGGCAACAGAGCCUAUAAAAUUAAGAGAAUGUAGUCUAGAAUUCAUAUUGACACUUCAUUAGACCUUUCUGAAGACAAUGGACAAGAAGCUAUUUUAAUAGAGCUGAGAGUUUCACAAAAAUUUGCAGCCCAGACCUAAGAGAAAUCCAGUGGGUGCUAAUUUAUAACUCCCCAAAUUGCACCAUAGAAAACAUCAAAACAAGGGGUUCUGCAAGAAGAACUGAAAGAAUGAAUAAUCAGCCGCAACCCAAUUCUGUUCAUGACAGCUCUCUCUCUCCACAUGGACACAACAACAUCAGCCUAUCUUUCUUGCUCUGGCUAUGAUCUUAAUCUCAUUGUAUUUAAAAAUGAAAUGUGUUAAGAAUCAAGUAUCAGGGCUUUUUUGUAUCCUGUUAUAUUGCAAGUUGUUAUUACAACACAUGAUGGUUGUAUCUGUAGUAUAUUGUAAUAUUUCCUUUCAUUUUGAUUGUUGCUUUGAAUGCUCUUUGAUGCAUGUCAUAGGGAUGUGUUUUCCUCUGAUUAUGUGCAUAAAAAUGUUCUCAAGAUUGCAUUGUUUUGUUUAUCACUUGUAGGUACAGGUGUGCAGGGGGAAAUGUUUUUAUUUGCCUAUAUGUUGACUUUGAUCUUUGUGAAUACAUUUCCUUGGGUAUGCACCACUG